CAUAUGUCAAAAAUGGCGGCAGUUUUUCGCGUGAAGCGUCGACUGGACGAAGAACCUUCAGAAGCUUUAAUAUUGAACUGCAAAAAACGUAAAACAGACCCCGACUCGGAUUCAAAUUUGUCGGCCUUCCUAAAGUUUGCUGGUACAGUUAAAACGGAAGAAAAUGUUCUAUCGCACAUCAAAAAGUAUACAAAUGAUGACACCAAGUCCGAAUUUAAAAAGCACACAGUUAAUCUCACAGAUAAGCUUAGGCUACAAAAGAGGGAAGAAUCGAAAAAUGCUCGAUACAAAAUUGUGAAUUGUUACAGGUCAAAUUUGAAUGAUGAUUUGGAAAAUAGCGAAGUUGAUGAGAAGUUAACGAUAUUCGAUAUUGAAACUGAUUGCAAUGAAAAUAGUAAGACUGUUGAGAACAAAAAUACCACUUCCGAACCUGAUUAUGUUUACGAUCUCUAUUACACUAACUCUGAUGAUUUGGGGGAUGCCAAUUUAGAGGAAUAUGUUAGCGUUUGUCCUUUGGAUGAUCCAUUGUUGUUUGGAACUGCACGGGAAAAUGGGUUGCAGGCAUCAGACAGUGAAUGCGAUAGUGAGGAUUCAAAUGCUGAAAAUAAUUGGAGAAAUGAUUAUCCAGAUGAAUCGGACUUGGAGAGUGUGAACGAAAAUGACAUGGUUGAAGCCAUGCAAAACGUUGAUAUUAAAGAAGACUUAUUGUCCAGUGAUAGUGGAGAAGAAGGGUUUGUUUAUAGUAUUGAUAGUGAAGCAGCUGGUUUUGAAGAAGAUAUUGAUGAAAGUGAUGUGCAAAGAUAUGGGGAGAGGUAUGCUCGUUUUAAGGCUAGAAACAAAAUUGAAAAUAUUGAAUCCAGUGGAGUUGAUAAGGAUUUGUAUUAUGGAGAUAUUGAUGAGGAGGAGUAUUAUUAUUAAGAUUUUAAUUGAAGUUGUGUUUAUAUUUUUGAAAUAAAUGCGUUGUGUUUAUAUUUUUAAUGAUUGUAUAUUUAUUGUUUCAAUGUGAUUUAUUUAAUUUAAUAAAAG